ACUCGAUUCCUUGCCUGCUUGAUGAUACUACUACCUAUCUCUUUCCCGGUUUCCCCGCUCCAUUUCUGCAUAGAACUUGCUUUCGCGUACACCGCCUGCUCAUCGCCUCCAUUUGUGUCUUGCUUGACAGAUGGAGGAGUCUUCGAUCUGUCUUGCAAUAACACGGGACACUUCAAGUUCUGCGAUCAAAUUCUAGUCUCGUUCAAGUUUAGCGUCUCCCUUGGCAACCUCGUACUUGAAGCACACAUCGGUCUGAGGUUCGUUGAGGUUGUGACGAUGGAGGCCGCCGUCAGUGCCGCGCGGUGGGUGCUGGGCAAGGCCCUGGCGCCCGUCACUGACGGCUUGCUGGAGGCGUGGGCGGCCAGCGCCGGGCUUGGCGACAACAUCGACGCCCUCAAGAUGGAGCUCCUCUUCGCGCAGGCCAUGCUGGACAAUGCCCGCGGCAGGGAGCUUCACAGCCCCGCGCUAGCGCAGAUGCUGCACAAGUUGCGGCAGCUGGCCCAUGAUGCCGAUGACGUGCUCGACGAGCUCGACUACUUCCGCAUCCAGGACGCGCUCGACGGCACCUACCACGCCGCUGACACGCCUGCAGACGGGUGCGCAAAGAGUCUUGCUCUCAACACUCUCUACACUGCCAGAGCUCUUGCCGGUAAACUCAAGCUCACCUCCGGCUCGAGAGAUGCUGCUAACCGUGGUGAUCCUGACGACCAAGAAGAUGAUGAUGCCAAAAGAGGACGCCUAUCUGGGGUUCCCUGCUCAUGUGGCGGCCGUGAGGUCACCUCUUGUCCACCAUCUCCCACCAACAAUGGUGACCAGAAGGCUAGUGGCAAAUGCUUGCCAAAGUUCGCCUACGGGGCUCGCAAUGCUGCAUGCGCUGUCGGUAAACACCUCCCAUGCUACUCCUCUCCAUGUGCCCAUGAUGAUGCUCACUCCGACGAGCCGGGAAAUGGAUGGAGAAGCAUAUUUUCUGCUUGUCCGUCCAGGCCACAAAAAAUAAAUGAUGCUGCGAAGUUGCCAAAACUGAAGUUUGAUAGGGUGGAAAUCUCUAUAAAGAUGAGGACUAUCAUAGAGCAGCUCAAGCCCAUAUGCGCGAAGGUCUCCACCAUUCUGAAUCUAGAGCCAUUAGGCUCCAGCUGCACCACUGCCAAAGACAUCGCUAUGAACAGACCCAUAACCAGUUCAGAAAUCAUAGAGCCUAAAUUGUAUGGGAGGGACAGCCAGAAAAAGAGAAUUGUGGAUGCCAUUGCCUAUGGUGAAUAUGCUGCCAACAAAUUUACUGUACUUCCAAUUGUUGGGCCGGGAGGUAUAGGGAAGACAACUUUCACACAGCAUGUGUAUCAAGAAGUGAACAACCAUUUCCAGGUCUCAGUUUGGACAUGUGUCUCUCUUAAUUUCAAUGCAAAUAAGUUGUUGCAAGAUAUUGCGAACAAGAUUCCAGAAGUUAAUGGUGAAAGCACAACUGCCAGCGUCGAAGAGCAAAUUGGGCAAAGAAUAAAAUCUAAGCGGUUCUUGCUUGUCUUGGAUGAUAUGUGGACAUAUCAUGAGGAUGAGUGGAAAAAACUGUUAGCUCCAUUUAGAAAAGGGGAGGAGAAAGGCAAUAUGGUUAUGGUCACAACUAGAAUCCCAGAGGUAGCAAAAAUGGUUAAGACAGUCGAUAGUUGGUUGGAACUGGAGCGUUUGGAAGCAGAAGAUUUCCUGCGUUUCUUUGAAGCAUGUGUUUUUGGUGAAGAACAGUCAUUUAAAGAUCAUGAUGCAUUGCUUGGCGUUGGAGAACAAAUACUGGACAAGUUGAAGGGUUUCCCGUUGGCAGCAAAAACUGUUGGGAGGUUAUUAAGAAACCGACUUAAUUUGGACCAUUGGAGAAGAGUACUGGAUAGUAAAGAAUGGGAACUUCAAACCAGUGAUAAUGACAUUAUGCCAGCACUAAAGCUGAGUUAUGACUAUCUCCCUUUCCACCUCCAGCAGUGUUUUUCUUAUUGUGGAUUGUUUCCCGAAGAUUAUGAAUUUGAUAGCAAAGAGUUAAUUCACUUGUGGAUAGGACUAGAUAUUCUGCACUCACUUGAGAAAAACAAAAAAGUUGGAGAAGUUGGAGAGAGCUACCUACAUGAAUUGGUUAGUUAUGGAUUUUUUAAGGAAAGCGAAACAGAAUAUGGCUCACCAUGUUAUGUUAUCCAUGAUCUACUACACGACUUAGCAGUGAAGGUUUCAUCAGAUGAAUGUCUUAGCAUAUAUAGUUCAAACAUGGGGUCCAUCCAAAUCCCCCCUUCCGUACGUCACAUAUCUAUUGUUAUUGAGGACACAAUUUUGGAGGAUAGAAUCCGUUUUGAAGAAUGUAAAACAGGCCUGAGUGCACUGGAUAAAAGAUUGAAUGCUGAGAACCUACAUACAUUGAUGUUAUUUGGAGAUUACCAUGGAAGCUUUGUCAAGGAAUUUCGUGAUUUGUUUAGGGAAGCAAGAGGCCUUCGUGUUGUAUGUUUGUCGGAAGCAAGCUAUGAUGUCGAUAAUUUGCUAUGCAACUUCUCUAAGCUUGUCCAUCUUCGCUAUAUACGGAUUGAGGAAAAUGUUUGUUUUGAAGUAAGACUACCUAGUAGUACUGCAAGAUUAUAUCACUUGAGGAUCCUUGAUGUACCAGGAUGCAAUAUUGACUCGAGAUUCCUGAGGGAGAUGAGAAACCUUACAAAAUUACAACACUUUCUUACUCUUGAUGAUAGCCUUCUCUCUGGAAUUUUUGAGGUAGGGAAACUAAAACUUCUACAGGAGUUAACAAGAUUUGAAGUCAAGGAAAAUUCUGGUUUCGAACUAAAGGAGUUAGGGCAACUGCAAGAGCUCCAUGGAUCACUUAGCAUUUAUAACCUUGAAAAGGUUCAAGCAAAGGAAGAAGCAGAGCAAGCAAAACUAAUACAAAAAUUCCAUUUAAAACAGUUGACAUUAAGUUGGGAUAGUGAGCGGUCUGAUGACAGUAAGAAUCCUAAGAGGGAAGAGCUUGUCCUUGAAAGUCUGAAACCACAUAGCAAUCUUAAGGAGCUAUGCAUUAGAGGACAUGGAGGAGCUAAAUGUCCUACAUGGCUAGGCACCAACCUUGAUGUUCAGAAUUUAGAAUCUCUCUGUCUUUAUGAUAUAGGUUGGAAAAACCUUCCACCUAUAGGAGGGUUGUGGAUGGUCAGUGGUGCUGAAAACUGCCACGGCCAAAGUUUCAAAUAUUUAAAGAGGCUAGAAUUAGUCAAGAUACCAACGCUGGAAAAAUGGGUUCGAAAUGACCCUUGUAAAGUCUUCUCUCACUUGGAAGAGCUGGUCAUAAGAGAUUGCUCUGUACUCAUGGAGUUGCCAUUUUCACGUUCUACUUGUGAACACCGAGAUAAAGAGGUGAACCUGAAUUGGUUUCCCAUGCUAAGGAAGCUUGAAAUUUUUGACUGCCCAAACUUAUUGUCCUUGCCUCCUUUACCUUGGACUCGUGCUCCAUGCUCCCUCAAAAUAGGAGGACUGGGUCUAUGGUUUGAGAGUCUAUUUUACACAAAAGAUGAAUCUGAAUGCAGCUUGGAAGUCGUUGGCUUGGAUCAGUUGGAUGGUGCAUGGCUGAAGGUGUUGGACUUUGACAACCUAACGGAACUAGAAUAUUUGGAGGCCGAGAGAUGCCCUCCUCUGCCUCCGGAUCACCUCCAAAUGCUUUCAUCCCUGGAGACCCUCGAGAUCAGGCAUCCGAAGAGUGGCCUUUGGCCAGUUGAAGGUGAAAGCCAUGCCGGACAUCAGUUUCCAGUGGAAAAUCUAGAGAUCACAUAUUGUGGUGCUAGUGGAAAGGAAUUUACACAGCUGCUCUCUCAUUUUCCAAAGCUUUCUAAUUUGGAUAUAAGCGGUUGCCGGAAGAUAACAAGGGCGGGUGUCAUGGGGAAGCAAGCAACGAUAAAAUCCGGGCCAUCGCCAUCAGCUUCAGCUAAAAUGGAGGGCGUGCAUAUUGGACGGAACCAGCUAAUACAUGCAAGAGGAGACAGGGAAAUAGCAGUGGAAACAGAGGAUGAAGAAGUACUGCUCUUGCCUCCCAACCUACAGAGCCUGCGAAUGGACGAGUGCCCAAAUCUGAUUCUCAUCAAUCUUCCCUCCGAUUUGCACUCCCUCCAAUCUUUGGAUAUUCAGGUGUGCCCCAAGUUCCUCUCCUCCUAUUCAUCGUCGUCCACUUCGUGUUUCCCCUUCCCAUCCUCCUUGCAAUUUCUCGAACUUGAUGGCUUGGAGGGCAUGGAGGCAGCAGCAGUGCCUCUCUCAAACCUUGUCUCUCUCACAAGGCUACGGAUAAGGAACUGUGGGGACUUAAGAAGCGAGGGCUUGGGAACUCUCCUCACCCAAGGUCAACUCACAGAACUAGAGGUCUACAGUAGCCCCAGAUUCCUCGUUGACUGUUCCAAGCCAUCACGGACGCGUGAAGAAGAGCCUCUUCCAUGUUCCUCCAAGCUGCAGAAGUUGACUAGUGACGACAUUGCAGGCGUCCUCACUGACUCCUUCUGCAGCCUCGUCUCUUCCUCUCUUGCCACCUUACGUCUUGAAUAUAACCAGGAUGUGGAACGCUUCACAAUGGAGCAAGUGGAGGCGCUUCUUCUCCUCACCUCCCUCCACGACCUUGAGUUCCGUCGGUGCGGCAAGAUGCAGUACCUUCCUGCUGGGCUACAUAAACUUGACAAACUCAAGGCAUUAUCCAUCGUGAGCUGUAAAGCUCUCCGGUCGCUGUCCAAGGACGGCCUCCCCAGUUCGCUGCAGCAUCUACGGAUCUCCGGCUGUCCUGCCAUCAGGUCACUGCCAAAGGUAGACACACUCGCCAGUUCUCUGCUCUCAUUAAGGGUCGAUGCCGGCAACAGCAAGGAGCUAACAAGACAGUGCCGCAAGUUAAAAGGAACAAUUCCAAGAGUCGACGACACCUGACUCAUCCAGGGUCUCAUGUUAUACGAAUCGAGCAUCUUUCUUGUCUUGUCAGAUUUCCUCUGCAAAUUCAACACCAGCUUCUCGAGUUUGUAUAUCUGCAUAAGGAUGCCCUCUGGAAUGUUAGCUCUGCUGAAUUUGUCUGCACGCCUCCAUCUCUUGAGCUCACCCAACCUAUAAAUGAUUGCUCUGCUGAUUGUACGGCAUUCAUCAAAACACAAAGAUACCUCAUAGAAUCCUGCUGAAAAAUACAGUGGUUUGUUUCAGAAACUCGUGCAGCGUAAAGUUGACGUGAUACGGCUAUUAUGUGUAACCAUUACCAUCAUAGAUGUGGUAUGGGAAAACAAGUAAUCUAGAAUAGAUUACAGCAUCGUUUGUGUGUUUUAAUUAGGGAUGGUAAAAGGGCUCUCUAAUUUAGCCUAGCAAAUUUAAGGAUCGAACUUAAUAUAGACCAGGUAAAAUACUAUAUGAUUUUGAGCUAAAAAUAGAUAGGACUGAGUUAAAUUAUGAAGAAUAUAUGAGGGUCAUGAUCCAUUACCACCCAUAGUUGUAAUGCAGCUUGUGUGGAUAUUAAGGUGUAAUGUGGAGUUUGUACACAUGGUUCCAUAUAUGUAUAUGCUAUACCGGUAUCAUCAAGAUAACAUUGGGGUAUGCCAUAUAGGCAUACUAACUAAA